AUGGAUGAUGGUGAAUUAGAACGAAUCCGCAAGGCUCGCCUGGAGCAGCUCAAGGCCCAGGGUGCGGGGCAGGCAGUACCAGCCGAAGCGCGCCAGUCGAUUCUUAACCAGAUCCUCGAGCCCGAAGCUGCCGACCGGCUCGGACGCAUCCGUCUCGUCAAGGAACAACGGGCCACGGACGUGGAGAACAGGCUGAUCAUGCUGGCGCAGACGGGUCAGUUGAGGCAGAAGGUGACUGAGGAGCAGCUCAAGGAGCUGUUGAAUGCCGUUGCGGACAAUAAAGAGGAGGAGAAGAUAGUGGUUAGCCGGAGGAAGGGGUGGGAGGACGACGACGACGACUUGUUGGACUUGUAA